UCCUCCCUUUUAAAAAGCCUGCUCUCUCACCUGUGUCACAAAACAGCUGCAGCCACUCGCCCAUUCACCUGUCCCUUAUCUGUUUUAAGAAUUUAUUCCAAAAGAAAACAUAAGGUACAAUACCGGGACCAAUUUAAGGAUUUUCUUUUGUUUUUUUUUAGGAAGUCUUUUGUAACAACUUCUAGCAGAGGUUGAGGAAGAGGCACAUCACCGCCUUGUGAAAACCCUGAAACAGUGAAAACCGAACUUCUCCGCCCUUUCACCCUGCCGUGCACCACUAUGCCGGGAGCCGUGGAUCGUAUGGAGCUAAGUAAAGUCUCCACAGAGGCCGAUGACGACAGCACCGACAGCCUUGAUGACCGCUUCCCAGAGCCCAUCGACUCUGAGAAGGCCACCAUUGACAGUCAGUUUAUGGAUGACAUCGAGGAUGGAGAAAGCCAGAAGUUCUUGUCAAAUGGUUUGAUGAAGAAGAAGAAAUACGACGAAUACCAUGAAGAAUAUCAUCCCGGCCACACCUCCUUCGGGAUGUCAGUGUUCAACUUGAGCAACGCUAUCAUGGGCAGCGGCAUCCUGGGCCUGUCCUACGCCAUGGCAAACACCGGCAUUGUGCUAUUUACAAUCCUCCUCAUUGCUGUGGCUGUCCUCUCCUUAUAUUCUGUACAUCUUCUCCUUAUGACAGCUAAAGAAGGAGGAUCCCUCAUCUAUGAGAAGCUGGGAGAGAGAGCGUUUGGUUGGCCUGGGAAAAUAGCAGCAUUUGGAUCCAUAAUUCUGCAGAAUAUUGGAGCCAUGUCCAGCUACCUCUUUAUCGUGAAGUAUGAGCUACCGGAAGUGUUAAGAGCCUUCUUGGGUGUAGAUGAAAUCUCUGGUGAAUGGUACCUGAACGGGAACUACCUGGUGGUGUUUGUGUCCGUUGGAAUCAUUCUGCCUUUAUCUCUCCUUAAAAACCUGGGCUACCUGGGCUACACCAGCGGCUUUUCCCUGUCAUGCAUGGUGUUCUUCCUGGGUGCGGUGAUCUACAAGAAGACCCAGCUGCCUUGCCCUCUUCCUUUCCUUGACCACCACUCGGCCAACCUCAGCACAAACGCCACAAACAUGCAGGGGUUGUCCCCACUGCUAAACAACUCGGCGCACAUAGAUUUCUCCCGGGCCAACAUUUCCCCAGUGGUGCUCGGCACCCACCAAUCCACCGGUGUCCAUGUCAAGCCUCACCCCGAUGACAAGGAGAUGUGCACGCCCAAAUACUUUGUCUUCAACUCCCAGACGGCGUACACUGUGCCCAUCCUGGCCUUCGCCUUUGUCUGCCAUCCAGAGGUGCUGCCUAUCUACAGUGAGCUGAAAGAUCGCAGUCGGAAAAAGAUGCAGAACGUCUCCAACCUGUCCAUCCUGACUAUGCUCAUCAUGUAUAUGCUGUCAGCGCUGUUUGGCUACCUCACCUUCUAUGAAAACGUGGAGGACGAGCUGCUCCACACCUUCACUAAAGUGUAUAAGUUUGACACGUUGUUGCUGCUGGUGCGUCUGGCUGUUCUCACUGCCGUAACUCUGACUGUCCCCAUCGUGCUGUUCCCUAUCCGCUCCUCCAUCAACACUCUGCUGUUUAGCAAAAGAGACUUCAGCUGGCUUCGCCACAUGCUGAUUGCCGCCGCCAUCCUGGCCUUCAACAACAUGUUGGUCAUCUUCGUCCCCACCAUCAGGGACAUCUUCGGCUUCAUCGGCACCUCUCCAGCUACCAUGCUUAUCUUUUCUGCAACCGUCAGCUGGUCCUGUGACUCAGGCUACAGAAUGAGUUUAGCCGACGACAAGUGA